CGCGCGCAUAAAGUCGACGGUCGUUUGUUUUUGUAUUUUGGAAGCAAUUUUCACCGACCUUGUUUGAUGGAGGAUAGACUCACUGGAAAGUCAUUUCGUCGGUAUUUGUGACCCCUUAGACUAGAGAAGCGAAGAUGAGAUUUUCGGAGCAUCUCACGGCCCAUAUUACUCCAGAAUGGCGGAAACAGUACAUCCGAUAUGAGGAACUCAAGAACAUGCUGUACGAUGCCCAGAGAGCAGCCCCAGAAGCAGAUAUAUCGGGGGAGGCUCAGGUGGAUCGCCACUUUGUCCAGUUUGAAGAGAAGUUCUUUCAAUUCUGUGAGAAGGAGCUCUCUAAAAUCAAUACUUUCUUCUCAGAAAAAGCAGCUGAGGCAUCACGCAACUUUGCCCAACUAUGCGACGAGCUCCGCCAGGUGGACAGCAAACCCAGUGCCAAGGAUACCCGACGGGCCUCCCUCCGACGGCGGAGCUCCUUCUUCAUCCCCGAACAACUGGACAGUGAAACCAGGGUCAUUAAAUCCCAUAAGCGUAAGAUAACAGAUCUGAAGCUGGCUUUCACAGAGUUCUACCUUAGCCUCAUACUCCUACAGAACUACCAGGAACUCAACUUCACAGGUUUCCGUAAGAUCCUCAAGAAACAUGACAAGAUGCUAAAAAACAAGAGUGGUGAGAACUUCCACCUCAACAGAGUACAACACUCACCGUUCCACACUGCAAAACAAAUUAACAAUAUCAUCUAUGAAACAGAGACGUUAUACAUCAAUGAACUUGAGGCAGGUAACAGACAGAAGGCUAUGAGUAAAUUAAGGGUGCCACCACUUGGAGCAAAGAAUAUCAAUUGGACCACUUUCAGAGUUGGUUUGUUCCUGGGUAUCUUCACUGUUCUGUGCUUCGUUGCUGCUGUUGCUGGCCUCCUCAUCGAGAGUAAAGUCGACAACAUGCCAGCCAUCAGGAUGUACCGUGGAAUGUUCCUCAUUAUCCUUAUGAUCUUCCUCCUCGGUAUCAACACCUACGGCUGGAGGAAGGUCGGGGUCAACCAUGUGCUCAUCUUCGAGUUGGACCCUCGGAAUAAUCUCUCGCAUGAGCAGCUCUUAGAGGUUGCUCUUCUAUUCCUGGUGUUUUGGAUCAUCAGUAUCUUAGCAUUCAUCUGCUGCAGCAUGACCAGCAUCCCUCCGUACAUCAACCCACUCAUCCUGGCAGGUUCCAUGCUACUCUUUCUUAUCAACCCCACCAGGACGCUCAACUACAGGGCACGGUUUUGGCUCCUUAGAAUUCUAGGUCAUAUAGCAAUAGCUCCAUUCCAUGCUGUAGGCUUUGCAGACUUCUGGCUUGCCGAUCAGCUCAAUAGUCUCACGUGUGUGCUUUUAGACAUGGAGUUUCUUAUAUGUUACUAUUCUUGUGAAGUCAGCUGGGUUGGUGAUGGGCAAUGUAAAUUAUCCUGUUUAUCUUCCUACUCUCACGCGAUACGGGCAGUAGUGGCGUGCCUUCCUGCGUGGUUCCGGUUUGCGCAGUGUUUACGCCGUUACCGCGACUCCAAGAAAGCAUUCCCCCAUCUCGUCAACGCAGGGAAAUAUUCAACCACAUUUUUCGUGGUCCUCUUCUCAGCGCUAGUGCAUGUAAGAAGAGAUCAAGAACUACAUGAGCAUUUUUACCAGGAUCCGUUAUACUGUUUAUGGAUCUUCAGUGCUUUCUGCAGCUCCUGUUACACCCUAACAUGGGAUAUCAAAAUGGACUGGGGGCUCUUAGAGAAGAAAUCCUACAAUAAAUUACUAAGGGAUGAAAUUGUUUAUCCAGAAAAGGUGUAUUAUUUUGCAAUGGUAGAAGACUUGGUGCUCCGUUUCAUCUGGUCUGUCAAUAAUACGAUAGGACAGAUGGACAUCGGCCGAGGUCGCAAUGGACUCAUCAUCUCCUCCAUUUUAUGUUUCUUAGAAGUUAUAAGGAGAUUUAUAUGGAACUUCUUCCGGUUGGAAAACGAGCAUCUCAACAACUGUGGUCAGUUCAGAGCAGUUCGAGAUAUCUCAAUCAAACCAGCAAAGGAGGAUGAGAACAACCCUAUGAAGGUUGAGGAGAUGAUGGAUAAUGAAGAAUUUGUGCCUCUAUGCAAACACAAACCUCCCAGCGAGGUACGCAGGAGAAUAAGUGUAAGAAGUUGUGACGGAGUGGAGAACAAUCACGUUGGUCUUUCAGUGCCCCUCCUUUCAUCCAGUCCCGAGUGCAUUCCAAAGCGGCCUUCUGUUGUUCGCUUCCAGAUAGGUGACAACGACAGCCGAGCAUCGAAGACCAGUGUAGCCCAGGUUGGUUUGUAUGAAGAUGGCAGUAAUGAUGACGAUGAUGAAAAUAGCAGUGAGAAUACUAACCACAGGGAUAUGCUUGUAUGAUUUGCUUUGCUGAAUUUAGGAUUUAUAUGACAUGUUUUGGGAUUUUAUGCUGUAUGUGGCGAGCUGACUCUCACUCUAUUACAUGUAUCUUAUCUUUGCUCACUUCAGCAUUUUAUGACCAUAUUUAGGUAGAGCAUGGUGGAAAACAUUGGUAGUACAAGGUAUGCAUUUGCCAAAUAAAUACCCAUAGACCCCAUUUUAAUCUUUCUGAAGUCACUUGAGUGACAACUCUUUGGAACCUGUCAAAUUUACACUCUGAUAUAUAUCUAAUGGAGGUAAGAAGUCUUUACAUGGCCAUAUAUCUGGCCCUGAAGGACCAAUUCCCACCACAUUUGGGUCAUUGGUGCUUUACAUCAUGCUCUGCUAGGAUAUGGUGUCAAAAUGCUGAAAUGCAAAACAAGACUUUAUGACAUAACAUUUAUACUCUGUUACUCCUUGGGGUGUGUUGGGAAUGCUAUCAAGCUGCCAAUUCUGGACCAAUAUCCUAGCAAAAAAAAAGAAGGAGACCAACGCAAUCUCAGAUGUCGAAAUACUCAAUAUCAUGAAUAAAAAUGUGUUGCCCUCGACUUAAACCAAGUACUAGACUUCAACCAAAUGCACUCUUAUACCUUAACCUUAAUGUUAACUGGAAUGAUCAAAAUCUGAUAUGUAAUCCUAUACUUUUGUAAAGGAAAGUGGACCAAUCAUUACAGGUGAAAAUACAUAAUUACAAACACUAUUCACUCUGGGGGCCGUUUCAUAAAGCUGUUCGUAAGUUAAGAGCGACUUGAAGGAUACUGGUGAACCUUUCUUACGCGC